AUGGAGGUGCAUGGGAGCGAGGAGGCCCUGCUGGAUGCGCUGGUGGGCGCGGUGCGGGCGCUGGACCCGGACAUCCUGGUGGGCUACGAGGUGCAGCAGGGGUCGCUGGGCUACCUCAACGACCGCGCCACCACCCUCGCACGCCCCGAGCCCCUCCUGCGCCAGCUGUCGCGCACGCCCACGGUGUCGAGCAUGGUGGAGCGGAGGAAUGACGAGUACGGAGUGCUGCACGCGUCGGGCAUCCACGUGGCCGGCCGCAUCGUGCUCAACCUGUGGCGGCUGCUGCGCUCGGAGCUGAAGCUGCGCAUCUACACCUUUGAGGCGUGCGUGGCCGCCGUUCUGCAGCUGCGCACGCCCCACAUCCCCGCAUGGGUCCUCUCCCAAUGGUUCCAGGGCGGCCCUGGGGGUGGCCGGUGGCGGUGCGUACAGUAUAUUGUGCGGCGCGCGCGGCUGAGCCUGGCAAUGAUGGAGCAGCUGGACAUCACGGGGCGCACGGGGGAGAUGGCGCGCACGUUCGGCAUCGACUUCUUCUCCGUGCUCACGCGCGGGUCGCAGUAUCGCGUCGAGGCCAUGAUGGCCCGCCUCGCCCACACCCAAAACUACCUCCUCCCCGCGCCCUCCACCGAGCAGACGAAGAACCAGCCGGCGAUGGAGGCGAUUCCACUGGUGAUGGAGCCCGAGUCGCGCCUGUACGUGGAUCCGGUCGUCGUGCUGGACUUCCAGUCGCUCUACCCCAGCCAGAUCAUCGCCUACAACCUCUGCUUCUCCACCUGCCUCGGCCGCCCCGCCCACGCUGCCGCCGCCGCCACUCCCCUCCGCCUCGGCGCGCAAGUCUUCGGCCUCCCCAAGGGCUCCCUCUCCGGCGCCGUCGCCCCCGACAAGCUGAUAGUGGCACCGAAUGGGGUGGCGUACGCGCCGCCCGAGGCGAGGCAGGGCGUGCUGCCGCGGCUGCUGAACGAGAUCUUGGCCACGCGCAUCAUGGUCAAGGCCGCCAUGAAGCGCGCACCCAAGACUGCCAAGGUGCUGCAGCGCAUCCUGAACGCAAGGCAGUUCAGUCUGAAGCUGAUAGCCAACGUGACCUACGGAUACACGGCGGCGGGCUUCUCUGGCCGCAUGCCCUGCGCUGAGCUAGCAGACUCCAUCGUCCAGUCUGGGCGCGAGACACUGGAGAACACGAUUCGAAUGGUGGAGGCGCACCCGGAGUGGCGGGCGCGGGUGGUCUAUGGGGACACGGAUUCCCUCUUCGUGCUGCUGGAGGGCCGCUCGCGCAACGAGGCCUUCCGGAUCGGCGCGGAGAUUGCCGCUGCAGCCACCGCCGCCAACCCGCCCCCCGUCACCCUAAAAAUGGAGAAGGUGUACCACCCGUGCGUGCUGCUGACAAAGAAGCGCUACGUGGGGUACAUGUAUGAGACUCCCAAGCAGGCGGCCCCGGUGUUUGACGCCAAGGGCAUUGAGACGGUGCGACGCGACACCUGCAGCGCCGUCGCCAAGAUGCUUGAGCGCAGCCUGCGCAUCCUCUUUUCCUCCAAGGACGUCUCCCAGGUGAAGGAGUAUGUGGAGCGGCAGUGGACGAAAAUUCUGUCGGGGCGGGUGUCGCUGGCGGAUUUCGUGUUUGCCAAGGAGGUGCGCCUGGGCACGUACCGAGCGGCCCAUGGCCUGGUUCCCCCGGCCGCGCAGGUCGCCAGCCGGGCGAUGGCCACUGACCCCCGCGCAGAGCCCCGCUACGGGGAACGGGUCCCCUAUGUUGUCGUCCACGGCGAGCCCGGGGCGCGGCUGGUGGACAUGGCGGUGGCGCCGCACGCGCUUAUAGAGUCGGGCGGCAGGCUGCGGCUGCACGCGCACUACUACAUCAUCAAGCAGAUCGUGCCGGCGCUGGAGCGCGUUUUCAGCCUGCUGGGAGUCGACGUGCGAGGCUGGUACGCCGCCCUGCCGCGCCCGCAGCGCCUGCUGCCGCAGAAGCGCCCCGCCGCCGCGCUCGGCCUGGGCGGCCGCGGAUCCGCCGCCGGCACCAUCGACGCCUACUACCUCUCCCGCCACUGCGCGGUGUGCGAUGGGCUGACGCAUGCGCAGAGGCCGAUCUGCGAGGAGUGCCGGGGGGAGCCGCAGGGGGCGGCGGUGGUUCUUUCGGCGCGUGCGGCGCGGCUGACCGAGGCGCAGGCGCUGCUGGUGCGCGUGUGCCUGCAGUGCGGCGGCGGCGGCGGCCGCAGGGGCACCUUGGAGGCCGGCAUCGUGUGUGACUCGCUCGACUGCGGCGUCUUCUUCGAGCGCAAAAAAGCCACCGGAGAGGCCGCCGCUGCGCGCGUCCUGUGCGACCUGGCGCUGCAGGACUUUGAGUGA